CGACAGUUCUCGAUUCUGACCACAUUGGGACCAAUUUUUACGAUGACGAGCUAUCAUUGUCCAGGAAGCUGAAUAUUAGAAACCUUACAGAUGCGUCUGUAGCAACUGAAGAAGCCGCAGAAACGGUGGUCAAUGAUAAGAAUGCUGCUGUGAAGCAUUUUGAAAGAGCAUUCGCAACGGACGGGACAUUAAAUAGACAUGAUAACGAUAUAUCGGAAAAGAUGUUCGAAAGCUCAUCUUCAACAUUCUGCACCAGCUCAGAAAGUGACGGUCUAACCAAUCUUCGGGAUAAGACACGUCGUAAACCGAAAACUGAACAAGAGCCUUUAAUUUGUGAGAUGUGUGGAAAACGGUACGCUUCUGCCACUACGCUCGCUGUCCAUCGUGCAAACCGGCACCAUUCACAACGCUUCCCUUGCGACAAGUGUGAAAGAUCCUUCGGAUACCGCUGUUAUCUGGAGCAGCAUAUCCGAACGCAACAUCGAAACGAGCUGAUAGUUUGCAAACUGUGCCCGAAAAGAUUCAAAUAUGUGCAAGAUUUUAAAGUGCACAUGAAACACCACGAUGACGACAAACCCUUCAAAUGUGAUCAAUGUACUUCUACGUUUCGAUUUCCGAGUGCUCUGCGGAGUCACCGCCUGCUUCACGGUGACGAGUGGCCGUUCCAGUGUGACUGUGGCAAGCGGUUUCGCUUUGAGAAUAGUUUACGCGUACACAAACGGUUGCAUGGGGGAGAAAAACUGUUUGCAUGUACCAUUUGUGACCGUAAAUUUGCUACUAAGGCACCAAUGUUGCGGCACAUGAAUGUGCAUAAAAAUGGCAAACAAAUGAGCUGUGCGGUAUGCAGCGCUGUGUUCUAUAAAAAGGUUGAUCUAGCAGUUCACCAAAGCAAGGAGCAUCCCAAUCACGUUUUAGUCGGCAAAGUGUCACGGAUUUACAGCUGCGAACAUUGUGGUAAAGAGUUUAUCAAGAAAAGUAACUUGAAAACACAUUCCUACAUCCACGAGGAUAUUUAUCGGUAUAGCUGCAAAGUGUGCGUUGAACAUUUUAAACAAUAUGCCGGCCUGCGCAAUCAUAUGAUAAGCACACAUCAACAAACAAAUGUUACGGAGAAGCCCGACUAG